AUGUCUCCAAGCGAAGCACCCACCACAGAUCUAGAGGUUCACCCGAGCAAAAUCAAACUGUACGGCGCAAAUGGCGUACAAGGUCGAAUUAACGCCAUCUCGGAGCACUUGAUGGACGCUCUUUAUUCCGAGUCUGUUGUGGCGAAAGUAUGGAAUAUAGCAAACAAGGCACUUUCAAGUAGCAAACCACCCAUCCUCUACCCUGAAUACACCAAUGAGGAUGGCAUAUAUGUCUACCGCACUCUGGGCUUCUGGACAUCAGGAUUCUUCCCCGGAUCUAUGUACCUUCUUCUCGAGCGUUUAACUCGCCAUCCCCAAAUCACCAACCGAUCUGGACAAACAAAAGAUACUCCCGCCCCAUGGCCACACCAUCUUCAAUUAGAACAUCUGUGCCGCUGGUGGACCACAAACCUGCACGCAAAUGCACUAAAGCGAGAUACCCACGAUCUAGGCUUCAUGAUCGCGCCAUGGGCAACGAAAUCAUGGGAACUGCAUCGUGAACCAGCCGCGUACAACAGCCUCGUCAUGGCGGCGCAUUCGCUGGCCACCAGAUUCAAUACCACGACACAGUGUCUCCGCAGUUGGGACGUCUGCAUCACGAAUCGCUACUCAUUCACCGACCCAUCCCAGGACUUCUUGGUAAUUAUCGACAACAUGUUAAAUUUAGAUCUUCUGUUCUGGGCUGCGCGAGAAACUUCGAAUAAAGGGCUGUUUGACGUGGCUCUAAUGCAUGCCCGCACAACGCAGAAGCAUCAUAUUCGAGAUGAUCACUCGACGUUCCAUGUCGUUAAUUUCGAUUCAGAGGAUGGCAGCGUCAAGGCCAAGUUCACUAACCAGGGCUUCAGUGAUUCCAGUUGCUGGGCUCGAGGACAAGCGUGGGGUAUUUUGGGCUUCAUGCAGACAUUUGAAUGGACAAAGGAGACUUCUUUCCUUGUCACCGCGCGGGAAUUGGCUGACUACUUCAUUGCCCAUUUGCCUGAGGAUGGGGUACCAUAUUGGGACUUUACGGCACCGAUUACAGAGGCGAGUCCGCGUGAUACAUCCGCAGCUGUGGUUGCUGCUUGUGGUAUGCUUCUUCUGUACAAAGCGUUAAAAGACAGUUCAGAUGGCGACUUCUACUUGUUCAAAGCGAUGAAGUUGGUCGAUUGCACCGUUAGCAAGUUCUUGAACUCGCCCACAUCUCGGUUCGUAAAUGGGACUUCUGCCUCUAAAGUUCCUGUUUAUCCAAGUGGCUGCAUCGAUGGACAGGAUGGAGACGGAUUUAUUAGUAUGACCGUUGUGGAUGAAUCUGGCUUGAAGAUCCGCGAGAGCAUUCUGGGCGGUGCCACCAUCAACAACUAUGAGUUCGCACCAAGACGCUGGUCAAACCAUGGUUUGGUUUAUGCGGACUAUUACUUUUUGCUGUUUGGAAACAUGCUACUCGAUUUAGGGUUGGCCGAUACUCGACGAUGCUAG